AUGAACUGCAAAGGGAAACGUGGGUCUGUGCCUUUCUUCUUCCUCUUUACGGGGGGCGGGCGGAAGAAAGCCGGAAAGGGUCUAGAGAGGUAUCUAGCCCCAGGAGUGAACACUGCAAGCUUCCGGACUUUCAGCCCCAGCCUGGAUGACAUUCACAGGGCAGAGGCGCUUUUCAAACCCUCGGGCAGACACGUGAUUGAUUAUUUCAGUUCUGCUGUCCGCAUGGACCAUGCACCACAGCUGUCGCAGCCUGAGGUGUGCUUUGUGGGCAGAAGCAAUGUUGGGAAAUCCUCCUUAAUAAAGGCCUUGUUUUCAUUGGCUCCCGAUGUUGAAGUCAGAGUGUCGAAAACUCCAGGCCACACAAAGAAAAUGAAUUUCUUCAAAGUGGGGAAAUACUUUACGUUGGUGGACAUGCCAGGCUAUGGCUACCGCGCCCCGCAAGACUUUGCUGACAUGGUGGAAGCCUAUUUACAAGAGCGUCAGAACUUGAAGAGGACGUUCUUAUUAGUGGACAGCGUGGUAGGAUUUCAGAAAGCAGACCACACUGCCAUAGAAAUGUUGGAGGAGUUUGGGAUCCCUUACGUUUUUGUGUUAACCAAAAUCGACAAAGCUUCCAAGGGACUGUUGGUUAAAAAUGUACUGGAGAUCCAGGACUUCGCAGAGAAGCACACUCAGGGGUGCUUUCCUCAACUCUUCCCAGUCAGUUCCAUAGAGUAUUCUGGCAUCCACCUGCUGCGGUGUUUUAUAGCCCAUGUUACAGGAAACCUUCCCAUGAUGAAUUCCUGACAGCCACAAUUCUCCUGUUAUAUUCUACUCAUCCAGCACAACAGUGUUGACAAGGAAGUAGCAAGAACACUCUUUCCUGCUGUAUGGCUUCCUACCUGGAGGUGGAAGGGACUUGUCCUUUAAGAAGUUACGAGAGGAUGAUGCCUUUAAAGGAAGUCUGGUGCACAAGCUGCAUGGAGUUACGUGGUACCUCUGCCAGUCAUAACUCUAUGCUGUGCCCAAGGGAAAUUACCCUAAUGUAAUCAAGCACCAGUGGCUACAAGCUGUGAGGGCUCUCCACCACCCCAUCAGAUCCUAGGAGAAAGAGCAGAUGAAGUAAUAGCAGGAGGAAAGCUGUGACUUUGUUAAUGGUGAGAGGAAGAUGACUGCUUUGCUUUGUCAGCACUUGUUAAUGGAGCACUCUGCUGGAAGAAUUAGUACUUACAUAGCAUCUAUUGCAGGGGUUCUCAAACUGGGGGUUGGGACCCCUCGGGGUCACAAGCUGUCAGCCUCCACCCCAAACCUUGCUUCACCUCCAGCAUUUAUAAUAGUGCUAAAUAUUUUAAAAAAUGUUUUUUUUAAAUUAUAAGGAAGGGUUGCACUCAGACUUGCUUGUGAAAGGGGUCACCACUACAAAAGUUUGAAAUCCUCAGGCCUUGCUCUCAUUGGUUCUCAAAGGGGUAGGGGUUACCUCUCCUUUUUGCACUGUGUUCUCUUGCUUAGCACUAACUUCACUAUGGACCUCUCAGGGAACAAACCAAAAUUCUUUAGUGAUGACAACUGACCAUAAAGAAGUGAACUUCCAUGGCAAAUGAGGUACAUGCUGCAUAUCUGGCCCUACCUUGUCCCUCAGUGGUAGCCUCCUAUUCUUCAGGGGCUCAUAACAGAUGUGGGAUAAACUUCCCACACUAGGGCUACGUCUACACUACAGGAUAAAUUCGAAUUAGCUUAAACCGAUUUUAUAAAACAGAUAUUAUAAAGUCGAU